AUGCAGUCGCCCAAGAAAGGCCUGCUCUGCAACCUCAACCACGUCCACCUGCAGCACAUCUCCCUGGGCCUCCACCUGUCCCGCCACCCGGAGCUUCAGGAGGAGUCCCACCACACCUUGGGCCCGCUGAGGAAGGGAACGGCCGGCCAGGACGGCAGGGAGCACAGCCAUGUCUCGGCGCUGGUGGACGCCAACUCCAACGACCCCUCCUUGACGUGCCAGUGUUGCGACGAGCACCCUCUGCACCCGGAUCUCAAGUGGGACCUCCAGAUCCUGCAGGCCUUGCCCAGAUCUCCUGUUUCAGACCAUGAAGAAGAAGAGGAGGAUUCCCCUUUGGACCCGGCCUCCUCUUCUGCCAGCAGCUGCUCCGACCUCAGCUUGGACGACACCCCGGUCUCUGUCUACUGGAAGGAGUUUCCGGCCGAAGAGGCAGCCCAAAGUCCGGAGAACCAGCCCAACAUCGUCCCUUUGGAGGAGGCUCAGAAUGUGGCCAGCCCCAAAGAGGGGAAUGUCAACCUCAACGGGUGUCCCAUAUCCCGCGUCUGGGACAGUCCCGACAGCCUCGGCAGCAUCACCUCAUUGGAGUCCACACCUUCUCCCAGCUCCAAGCACCCAUCGGAGUCACUGAUGGAUGCCUCUCCGACGGUGACACCACCGCCGGUCCGUCCUUGCCGAGCACCCCCCGCCGUGCCGGUCCGCCGCGUCGCUCCGGGACUGGAUUCCAAUUGCAAUGCUCUUCCGGUCCAGGAACCAAAGCUGGUCCAGGAGACCUUCUCUCCAGGGCAGGUGGACGUCAACUUGAACCCAAGGCCUCGUGUUGUGGGUCCUCCGCCUCCUGUGCCUCCGAGGACAAAGCGAGGGCUUCAGGGGAUACGGCGACGUGAGCCGGAGACACCAUCGGAGCCGAGCACCCAGCAGAGCGCAGACGCCAAGAACAUCACCUCCUUCCACGAGUUGGCCCAGAAACGGAAGAAGGUUUCAACCACACCACCGACCAAGAAAGACCAAAGUGACUGGCUCAUCGUUUUUUCUCCUGACACGGAGUUGCCACCUUGUCAUGAGGCCAUGUGGGGCAACGUCCCCAACCAGAAGAUAGUUGGCCCUCAAACCAUGACCCUGGAGCCGGCGAACGUGGCCAAGGAAGUCACUAUGUUCAAAGAGCUGCGCUGCCGCAAGCAGAAAAGUCACCUGCCCGCACAGGUGGGCGCCCAACAGGUGAAAGCGAGUGACCCUCUGCAGGAGAGUGACCCAGAGCCACCGCCAAAGGGGCAUUUCCGUGGCCCAAAGGAGACCCCGCUUCGGAAGAAGAAGUCCCGCCCUGGGCUGCAGCCCAUCAUGGAAGGGGGCUUCGAAGAAGGUGAGGACGGGGCGUCAGAGAGACACUCGGAGGGCAAGACGAAGGGACGAAGGGACCCCUGGAUGCCCGGGAAAGAGGAGAGCGCGGACGGGCGUUCGGUGGAGGCAGCCAAUGCCCCCCCUGUGUGCUCUUCCCAGCCGCAGCCCCUGCCCUUCCAGCCUCUCCUGCUCCGUUUCUCGGUGGUGGACGGCCAGGCUGCAGACCCCUUGUCCUCCUCCUCCUCUGUCUGCCCCGGUUUGGAGAGCGUGGAGCUGACCUCCCCGGAGCGUUCCGGCCAGGCUUUCUGCCCGAGGCUCAAGGCCUUGUCCUGCGAAGAGGUCUGCCUCCUGGCUGACCGGCAGGGGCAGAUUUUUGGCACCCUCUCCCCCGAGGAGCUGCUCCCCAUCCGCCUCUCGCCCGUCGGGGCCUACUCUCCGCCUUCCCGGAGCGCCCUCCCUUUCCUGGAGAGCCCUGACCUGGCCGUGCUCUUCUCCCCGCUCUUCCCCCGCAGCAGAACCUUCCCCACCUUAGCUUUCCCCACCCGCCAGGUGCUCGAGCCGCCGUUCCGAGCCCGGGUCCCCCUUGACAGCCAGGCUGGAGCGGGGCCUGGGAGACUGCCUUGGGACAGUAUGGCAGCCAAGGAGCCGGGAGUCCCCGAGCAACUCCAACACUCACAGUCCUUCGGAGGGAUCGCAAGUAAUGGUCACCUGUGGAGGGAGGACGUGGACCGGCUGUCUGCACAACUACGAGAGCAAAAGAAAGCGUUGCUUGUGGCGGUCAGCGCUUCGGUGGACAAGAUCGUGGCCCAUUUCAGCACUGCAAGAAACCUGGUGCAAAAGGCCCAGCUGGGAGACAGCCGCCUCAGCCCGGACGUGGGCUACUUGGUCCUGAGCACCCUUUGCCCGGCGCUGUGGGCCCUGGUGGGCGACGGACUGAAACCCUUUCAGAAGGAUGUCAUCACGGGACAGAGGCCCAGCUCUCCGUGGAGUGUCGUGGAAGCAUCUGCCAAGCCGGGCCCCCAGGCCCGCUCCCUGAAUGCCCUGUAUUGGCGGGUGUCCCGGCUGGCACCACUCCGUAGCAGCCAGCAGCGCUUCCAUGCUUUUAUCCUGGGCCUCCUGAACCUAAAGCAGCUGGAACAGUGGUUUGCCCAUUUGCAACAGAACUCAGAGCUGAUCCUAGCACUUUACAUGCCCACGGCCUUCCUCGUGCUGAGCCAGGGCCUUUGCCGCUGCUGGACCGAAGAGCUCCUCCUCCUGCUCCAACCACUCUCCAUGCUGACCUUCCAGCUGGACCUUCUCUUUGAGCACCACCACCUGCCAUUCAAUGUCCGACCAAUGCCUCGGCGUGCUAUCACGCCAACAGAACCGCUCACGGGUUCCUCGAAGGCCAGUGGGCUUCGAUGGCUAGAUUUACCUUCAUCCAGGCAGGCCGAAGGUCCCUUGGUCCAGCCCAGUCCCGUCCACGGGUCCCAAGAGGAGGUCCCUCUUCGACAGAGACUGCUCCAGUGGGGGGACCGGCUAACUUACACCCUUAUAGGCAACGAGGCCUCUUCCAAAACAGAGCCAGGCCCCCAAACCAUGUGUCAGGAGAUGGAAGAGAAGCAGCAGAGCUGGUGGCAACAGCUGACUUUGUCCUCGGGCAUCUAUGCCGACUCCACCUCCGUCUCAAAGCAAGAGAGUUUCCCUUACACACAGUGGGCCAAGCUGCGGGUGGCAGUGGGGGGAGCCAUCAAAGAGGCACGGGUCAGCAUGGCAGAAGCCGCCGGGAGUUCCAACACCGGCCCUGGAGAAAGCAGCUCACUUCCUGCUACUGAGGCUAUGGGCCAAUCACCCAAAGUUGGAGCUGCCAAAAAGCUGGAAACAAUGGCACCCAAUGCCAGGGAAUCCUCCUACACUGAUUUCGAGGAGGGCAACGAUCAUCCCGAGGCCGUGGAUUCCCCUGAAAGUGGGAACGGGAAACGUUUAGGAUGGCUGUUUGGAGCAAAUUGCCCAGGAGCGUCCAGUGAGCCAGAUCAGAGUCUGCCCAAAUCCAGCAGACGGCCCUCAAGAUGGCUCCCUCCUACUAUGAACGUCCUCGCUUUGGUGAUGAAAACGGUGCCAGCGGAGAAGAGUUGGCAGAAGGAAUCGUGGGAAGAUGUCUCCCCAGACCCAUUGCAGACUUACAGGGCUGUGCGCGCUCUCUGCGACCAUGUGGGAAGUGAGGACAACCAGCUGAGCUUCCGCAAAGGGGACAUCUUGCAGGUCUUGGACACCGUGGACGAAGACUGGCUCCAGUGCUGCCAAGGAGACCGCAGGGGCCUGGUCCCCGUUGGCUAUACUUCCCUCAUCCUCUGAAAUGGGGCGGUUCUUGGGCCAAGAGGAAAGGGACUGCCGAAGGCCGCUUUCCCCAACACACACCAAAUACGGAGCGAGCACUCAGAAAAAGCCGCGUGUGCACUAACGCCUCCCAUUCCCAACUGCGCACUAGUUGUACGAUCACAAUACUGACGGUGCUUGGAUGCCUCGGCCCAUGCAGAAGUCUCCCUUUCCCCGUGGUCUCCCACUUCCCUCCUUGUGGUCGCCGCACUCGGAGACGAUGGUUCUCUUUUGUGUAUUUAUAUAACAUAUAUCUUGUGUAUAUAUAUAUAGAUCAUAGAGUCGUAUGUUGAGUUGGAAGGGCUAUCAAGUCCAACCCCUGCUCAAGGCAGGACCUCCGGUUCAAACAUCCCUACGGUGGAGUGGUUGUACGAGGGAGGUCUGGGAGCUGAAGUCCAAAACACAAGUUCCAAGUUUGCCCAUGCCUGGUUUAGUGGGAUUGCAAUGCACCAGCUUCAAAAGCCGGAAUCAAGGGUUUUCAAGCUCCUCUGCAGCCAAAGAAUCUCUUUCACGCGAUCAAUUCUCGCACCCUGAUAGCUGCCAUGAUGGUAUCUGACAGAAUCCUGGGAUUUGUAUUUUUGUUGAGGUAUGAAAAGCAUUUCCCUGAGAUUCCAAAGUACAGUAGAGUCUCACUUAUCCAACAUAAACGGGCUGGCAGAACGUUGGAUAAGCAAUAUGUUGGAUAAUAAGGUGGCACUAAGGAAAAGCCUAUUACACAUCAAAUUAGGUUAUGAUUUUACAAAUUAAGCACCAAAACAUCAUGUUGAACAACAAAUUUGACAGAAAACGUAGUUCAAUACGCAGUAAUGCUAUGUAGUAAUUACUGUAUUUAUGAUUUUAGAACCAAAAUAUCACGAUAUAUUGCAAACAUUGACUACAAAAAUGCGUUGGAUAAUCCAGAACGUUGGAUAAGCUUGGAUAAGUGAGACUCUACUGUACCUGACGAAACUGUAAAUCCCAAGAUUCGAAAUGGUCACUGCAUUCUGUGACUCAGAUCAAAGAUGUCUACUCAACAGCUAUGCUUUUGGACACGGUUCAUAGCAUGUGCUUGCCCUCGUGUCUUGUAUGUUGUGUUGAACUUAUGCUCUCUGUAUAACAGUUCUGUCCUGCACCACAUACAAACCAAACACGAGACCGAUCCUUGGAUCGGAAAGAAAAAACUGUAGUCUGGUGUGUGGCCGAUGGGAUCAGAAUAAAUCAUGUACGCCGUGAGAAA